AUGCUAGGUAAAUUCGCCGUAGUGCACAAGUGCACCGGCAUUCCUAAUAGGGACGUUCAAAUUCCGGUGGGACGACAACCUGGCACGACCGGUGAGAGAUUAGUCGCAGGACCGACGAAGUGUAGGAAACGCAUACAUAAGCGAUCGCGAUUCGGACGUACGAGUAACUACGUUUCCGCGGCGGCAUCCCGGCUCAUAUUGAUUGCUGGUGACAUUCUUAUCAAUACACCCCCGGCGCGACCGCACCGCCGCGCCGCACCGCUCGCCACCCAAAAGAAACAGAAACGUUUCUUCGCGCGUUCGCAACGCAACGGAAAAAAGGGCGGAGAUAUUCCGGCGGCGUCGUCACCCAAUAGCGUGGAGCCUCAGCCGCUGGCCGACCAAUCGCGCGCAGGCGUCGGGGCGGGCAAGCGCGAGCGGCCGCGCCCUCGUUUCGCUCCGGCUUUUUAUUUAUUGUUGCGCGAAACACCGCGCGCGACGGGCGUG